AUGAAGGAAGAUCGCUUUCGGAAGCUGUUCGCCGCUUUUGGCACGCUGACCGAUUGCUGUUUGAAGUUCACCAAGGAUGGCAAGUUCCGGAAAUUUGGCUUCAUUGGCUACAAGUCUGAAGACGAAGCCCAAACAGCACUGAACCAUUUCAACAGAAGUUUCAUAGACACCUCCAGAGUCACAGUUGAGUUAUGCAAGUCUUUUGGUGACCCAUCAAAACCCAAAGCAUGGAGUAAGCACUCUCGGAACGCCUCUGCCUCAGAGAAACAGUUGGAGAAACAGACCGAGAGACCAGUGUCAAGUGCAGCUCCUGCAGGCACGAAGAAAGAUAAAAAGAAGAAAGAUCCAACGGAAAGCUUAAAGGAGCUGGAAGAAGAUAAGACAUUCCAGGAGUUCUUAAUGGUUCACCAGAAACGGUCUCAAGUGGCCACUUGGGCUAAUGACACUUUGGCAGAGGAGCCCAAGGCGGGAAAAUCCAAGCCAGCAGCUGAUUAUCUCAACUUUGAUUCAGACGAGUCUGAGGACUUGAGUGAGGAGGAGAAGGAUGGGAAUGAACCCUCUGAAGAUGAGGAGGAAACUAAAGGUACGGAAAGGAAAUGGAAGAAGGCAGCUACCAGCAAAGACCUCUCGGAUAUGGAUUACCUGAAAUCUAAAGUGGUGGAGGAUUCUUCCUCCUCGUCCAGUACAGAGGAAGACACAGAUAGCGAGGAGGUGGAAGAGGAAAGUGAGAGUGAGGAGGAUUCAGGCAUUGCAGAAACCAUUGGCACCCACGGAGAUAAAGGGGGGAAGCCAAAAGGCCAACAAACACAGCGAGAGACACCGGUGGAGAAAAAGAAAAAAGGAUCCGCGCUAGAGAACCAAGGCAGCUCAGCGCAAGCCAGCACACUGUACACAGUGAAACUUCGUGGUGCCCCCUUCAACAUCACUGAGCAAAAGAUUCGUGAAUUCUUCUUGCCUCUGAAGCCAGUGGCAAUCCGGAUAGGAAAAAACGCCCAGGGGAAGAACACAGGUUAUAUCUUUGUUGACUUGAAGAGUGAAGCAGAAGUGCAGAGGGCCUUGAAGCGAAAAAAAGAAUAUAUAGGUGGACGGUGCAUUGAAGUAUUCCGAUGUGGGAAUACCCCAAAAGAAACUGCUGCAGCCAAACCUGACAACCAGCCAUGGCAAAGAAGGAAGAGGGACGAUGAGGAAGAAGAGGACUUGGCAGAAUCAGGGAGACUCUUUGUUAGGAAUCUUCCCUUUACUAGCACUGAGGACGACUUGGAGAAGAUCUUUUCCAAGUAUGGACCCCUCUCGGAGAUCCAUUUCCCUAUAGACAGACUGACCAAGAAACCCAAAGGAUUUGCUUUCAUCACCUAUAUGUUUCCCGAGCACGCGGUGAAGGCCUACGCAGAAAUGGAUGGGCAAGUGUUCCAGGGUAGAAUGAUGCAUCUUUUACCGUCCACAAUCAAAAAGGAAAAAAUCGAAGAUGCAGAUGCAGAAGAGUCUUUGUCCUACAAAAAGCAGAAAGAGGCCAAGGACAAAGCCAACAGUGCCAGCUCCCACAACUGGAACACGUUGUUUGUGGGGACAAACGCCGUGGCUGAUGCCAUUGCUCAGAAGUACAAUGCUUCUAAAAGCCAAGUGCUGGAUCAUGAGAGUAAAGACAGCGUGGCAGUGAGGGUCGCUCUGGGAGAAACCGAGCUGGUCCAGGAAAUUCGCCAGUUCCUCAUUGAAAAUGGAGUCAGCCUGGAUUCCUUCAGUCAGGCUGCUGGUGAGCGGAGUAAAACAGUGAUCCUGGUGAAGAACCUUCCUGCUAGCACGAGUGUAGUGGAGCUGGAGGAUGUCUUUGGCAAACACGGCAGCCUGGGCCGGGUGCUGCUGCCAGAAGGAGGCAUCACGGCCAUUGUGGAGUUCCUGGAGCCAACUGAGGCCAAGCAGGCGUUCACCAAGCUGGCCUAUUCCAAGUUUCAUUCUGCGCCAUUGUAUCUGGAAUGGGCUCCAAUGGGUGUCUUCUUCAGCCCAGCCCCUCAGAAAAAACCUGUUCAGGCUCCAGAAAAGGAGGGCAAACCAAGGCUGGUACCUGGUGAUGACACUGACUCAGCUAUAAAGGACUCAGAGGAAACAGCAGCACAGGAAGAAGAGGAGGAGGAAGAAGAAGAGGAAGAAGAAGAAAAUAUUCCGGGGUGUACCUUGUUCAUCAAAAACCUCAACUUUGCUACCACGGAAGACACGCUGAAGGAGACGUUCUCCAAAGUGGGAGCUGUGAAGAGCUGCACGAUAUCCAAGAAGAAAGACAAAGCAGGCACUUUGCUUUCAAUGGGCUUUGGAUUUGUGGAGUACAAGAAGCCAGAGAGUGCACAGAAAGCCCUGCGCCGACUCCAGGGCUGCUCUGUAGAUGGCCAUAAGUUGGAAGUGAAAAUCUCCGAGAGAGCUAUCAGGCCUGCUGUGAAAUCAUCCCGAAAGAAACAAACCGUCAAGAAGCAGACGACUUCCAAAAUCUUGGUCCGAAACAUCCCGUUCCAGGCCACUGUCAGGGAAAUCAGGGAACUCUUCAG